AUGAAAACCCUCAUAAGCCUCCUUUACACCGCACUCAUGGGACCAUCGCAGGUCCGACGAGGACUCGCAAGCGGCACACUGGGCUUCGGGUUCAGCGCAGGGGGCUUCCUGUACCCCUACCACUUAGGGGUCCUCUGGGAACUUCACGAGCUGAACAUCCUCAAGGAUUACAAGGUGCAAAUGGCGGGCGCAAGUGCGGGUUCGCUGGCUGUGGCGACUUACAACUGUGGCCUGGACCCAGAAAAGGCGACACAGGCCCUUCACGAGUUUGCGGGAAACUGCAGGACCAAUGGGACUCGCUACCGGUUGGGGGGUCUGUUGCGGGACUUCCUGCAUGCUUACCUGCCGGUUGACGCCCACGAGCGGUGCCGAGGAAACACCCACGUCGCCCUCACACGGCUCUUCCCCGUGGUACGCAGCGAGCUGGUCAGCGAGUUUGAGAGCAAGGACGACUUCGUCAAUGCGUUGCUUACCUCCUGCCACAUACCCUUCUACUUCAACGGUUCCUGGAUGACGGAGUUCAGGGGCAAGUUUUACAUGGACGGCGGUGUGGCGGCUUUUAUUCCGCGCCCGCCCACGGAUCAUGCAGUCAAGGUGUGCUGCUUCCCGGUUAACGAGGUCUUGGCAACCGUUCAGGACCGCGUGGCGCAGUAUGACAGGGUGGCAUCGCUGCUCGAUGUGUCCAUCAGUCCGGACGCCUACGAGCCCUGGCCCUUCAACUACGCCAAGAUGGUUACCUGGGCACUCGUGCCUGCGGACGACGAUAUGCUCCGCUACAUGAUAAACAAGGGCCGCCGCGACGCUCGCGCCUGGGCGCAGUGCAUGUUGCUGGUGCCACAGGACGCCGCCGCAGGCCUCAAGCACGGCGAGGGCGCUGGCGAUGUCGGAGGCGGCGCGGAGCGAGGGGAACAGCGAGUACAGCAGGCACAGGCCCGGCGGGAGCUGGAAGCAGCGGCAGAGGGCAACGACGGCGAUGGGACGACGACGCGCGACGGCGAAGCCGCCGCUGCCGCCACCGCGGCGGCGGUGGUACAGGUGACGAGCGGCGGCACGCAGGGUACUAAUGCGAGCGGCAGCGGAAGCCAGCGGACAGAUAGCCGGUAA